CAUGUCGGUGAUGGUGGGGCAGGCGGUCGUGGCCAAUGGACCUCAUUCGGCAGUCCAGGAGCAUGCACUGGCGGCAAGGAGGAACUUCAGCUCCCAGCCCAGGCUGAGAACAUCUCGAAAACUUCAUGUGAUUCAAUCAUGUGACUGGAAUGAAGCAAGACCUUUAAAUUGGGAGACAAGUAAAUCCUACAAGACAGUCUCAGGUGUUAAUGGACCAUUGGUGAUCUUGGACCAAGUGAAGUUUCCAAGGUUUGCAGAGAUUGUACACUUGACUCUACCUGAUGGAUCCAUUCGAAGUGGACAAGUUCUGGAAGUUAGUGGCAGUAAGGCUGUUGUACAGGUUUUUGAGGGGACAUCAGGUAUUGAUGCCAAGAAGACAGCCUGUGAAUUUACAGGUGAUAUACUUCGCACACCUGUUUCUGAGGACAUGCUUGGUAGAGUGUUCAAUGGAUCAGGGAAACCCAUUGACAGAGGGCCAACUGUAUUGGCUGAAGAUUUUCUAGAUAUUAUGGGCCAACCUAUAAAUCCGCAGUGUCGUAUAUACCCAGAAGAAAUGAUCCAAACUGGAAUCUCAGCAAUAGAUGGUAUGAACAGUAUUGCUAGAGGACAGAAGAUUCCCAUAUUUUCAGCGGCAGGUUUGCCCCAUAAUGAGAUUGCUGCGCAGAUCUGCCGUCAAGCUGGACUGGUUCAAAAAUCCAAAGACGUCAUGGACUACAGUACAGAGAAUUUUGCUAUUGUAUUUGCUGCUAUGGGUGUUAAUAUGGAAACUGCAAGAUUCUUCAAGUCUGACUUUGAAGAAAAUGGAUCAAUGGACAAUGUCUGUCUCUUUUUGAAUCUUGCAAAUGACCCAACCAUUGAACGCAUUAUUACACCUCGUCUUGCCCUGACUACUGCAGAAUACCUGGCCUACCAAUGUGAAAAACAUGUGCUGGUUAUUUUAACAGAUAUGAGUUCUUAUGCUGAAGCUUUGAGAGAGGUUUCAGCAGCUCGAGAAGAAGUACCUGGUCGUCGUGGUUUCCCUGGUUAUAUGUAUACUGAUCUGGCUACUAUCUAUGAACGAGCUGGACGUGUGGAGGGCAGAAAUGGAUCCAUUACACAGAUUCCUAUCCUUACUAUGCCUAAUGAUGAUAUCACUCACCCCAUUCCUGACUUAACUGGAUACAUCACUGAAGGGCAGGUCUAUGUUGACCGCCAGUUGCACAAUAGACAGAUUUACCCACCUAUUAAUGUUUUACCAUCUCUAUCACGAUUAAUGAAGUCAGCAAUAGGGGAAGGUAUGACACGGAAAGAUCAUCCUGAAGUCUCUAAUCAGUUGUAUGCUUGCUAUGCCAUUGGCAAAGAUGUCCAAGCCAUGAAAGCUGUGGUUGGUGAGGAAGCUCUCACACCUGAUGAUCUGUUAUAUUUGGAAUUUCUGCAAAAAUUUGAGAAAAACUUCAUUGCUCAAGGUCCAUACGAAAACAGGACCGUAUUUGAAACUUUGGAUAUUGGCUGGCAGUUGCUCCGAAUAUUCCCCAAGGAGAUGUUGAAACGUAUUCCUCAAAGUACACUGGCAGAAUUUUACCCAAGAGAUGCUGCUAAACAUCAGUGAAAUCGCAAAUUAAACAGUGGAAGUUUUAUUUUCAUGCUUUGUAAGAAUACAUUUCAUAUUGAAGCAUUCUAUACUUAACACACUCCAGCAAUUGUUUAUAAUUAAUCAUGUUUUUGUAUUGUAAAAGUAGAAAGAUAUACAAAUCAAAGUGUUAAAUUGGAAGUCCAUAAAGUCUGUUUGAAAAAGUCUGAGAAUGCCAGAACUUGCAGAAAACUGUUUACAGUAAUUGAAAUCAUUUGUUUACAAUUUCUACCAGAGUACGCAUAAAGCAAAAUUUAAAUUUAUCUGGAUCUAUUGAAGAUGAGAGCAAUCAGUUUAACUGAUCAAAAUGGUAAGUAUUCUCAUCUCAAAAGAUGAAGUGGAUAUACAAGAAUAUAAUGAAACUAUUUGCAUCAGCUACCUGAACUUAAUUUAUCUUGAAGAAAUUAUUAGGAUAUUGAAAAUUAAUGUCAAUUUAUUGUUCCAUAACUUGUUAGCAAGCACACAGAAAUUAUUUAAAUUUUACUUUCCUAUGCACCACAUCUUUUUUCAAAGAUAAUUAACUGUGGAGGAUAUGUUGAUAAGACUUUUGACCAAGUAUUUUUCUUGGUGAAUUAUGGAGAAACUAACUCAAACAAAUGGAUUUGCAUUUAUUAUAUCCUUUCCUCUUAUUUUCUUAACUUAAACUGAAUUAUUUUAAUUUGUUUAUAGCUGUAUUUGUGGUGAAAAUAGUUUUAUUGCAAGUCAUUUUGAACCAAAGCUGGUGAUUAACUUGACUAUUUAAAUAGACCCAAAUAUGUAGAAUGGAGCCCCAUUCCAUUUGCUCCAAGCAAAAGUAUAAAAUUGUAAGAAUGAAGAUUUAAGAAUUUGGAAUGCUUAUUUUGUUCUUUGUGGCAAGAUCAGAUGAUAGAGUUUUGAUCCUUGUAUAUUAUACAAGAAAAUAUGACUUAAUUUUUAUUCCUCAUUAAUUGUUCUUUUCAAAGCAACUUCAUACUCAGUCUCAUCUAUAAGUGUCAAAUUACUGAUUAUGAUAUAAACAUCUGUUUUGAAAGUUAGUUUGUAGAGACCUGAAGGUGUGUACACUGCUGUUAUCUUCCAUAUAUUUGUGCAACGUUUAUUGUGAUGAAAUAAAGUUAGAAAAAGUAGACUUCUAAAUAUUUAUCUCAUCAGGAAAUCUCAAACUUUGCUAAAAUGCAAUCCUUUUUGCAGUAGAUACAAAAUAAAAGUGAAUAGACUUUC